AUGGAGAAUGUUGUUUAUGAGUGGUUUCUACAACAUCAAGAACGUGUGAAUAUCACAGGAGAAUUAAUUUUGCAGAAGGCAAGAGAUACAAUGAAACUCUUGCACCCUCAUGAUGAUUCAGAUUUUAACUUCUCUACAGGAUGGCUUGGGAAAUUCAAGCACCGACAUGGCAUAAAGUCAUUUCGUCAUUUUGGCGAGAGUGGGUCUGUUGAUGUACAAGACAUGGAGCAGAAAUUGGUAUCGAUUCGAGAGAAAAUUGAUCAGUUCCCUAUGAAAGAUGUUUUCAAUAUGGAUGAAACUGGGUUGUUUUAUAGGCUACAAGCUGAUCAUUCACUGGCAACAAAACAACUUGAAGGAAGAAAACAAGAUAAAGAAAGGCUGACAGUAGUUAUUUGUUGCAAUGAAGAUGGCUCUGAAAAAAUCCCUCUAUGGAUUAUUGGGAAAUGUGCAAAGCCUCGUUGCUUCAAGAAUGUCAACAUGAAUAGCUUUGAUUGUCAGUAUCGAGCUAACAAAAAAGCAUGGAUGACUAGUGUGCUUUUUGAUGAAUAUGUUCGUUCAUUUGACCAAAUGAUGCAUGGUAGAAGAGUUCUACUUGUGGUGGAUAAUUGUCCAGCACAUCCAAGAAAUAUUGAAGGGCUAAGAAACGUUGAGUUGUUCUUCUUGCCACCCAACGUGACAUCAAAGAUUCAACCUUGCGAUGCUGGGAUAAUAAGAGCUUUCAAGAUGCAUUAA